AGUCAUAUGAUAGGAGUGUUUUGCGCAGGCGCUUGUCCAAGUAAAAGUCAAACCGAGCGCGGUGUAAGUGUUGGUGUGUUUAGGCUGAAACAUGAGAGCCGGACUAAGUCUUUUCACGCUGACAGUCGCCCUGUUUUCUGACGCUCUUCAUGGCUUGCCACGCGGCGACUUUCAGGCUAGAAAGCCCCCAGCUUUAUCAGACCCCCCGUUCACUGAGAAGUACUUCACUCAGACCUUGGAUCACUUCAACUUUAACAGCAUGGGCAACGGGACGUUCAGCCAGCGAUACCUGAUCACGGACCAGUACUGGAAGAAAGGCUAUGGCCCCAUCUUCUUCUACACUGGAAAUGAGGGCGACAUCUGGGAGUUCGCCCUGAACUCUGGGUUCAUCAUGGAGCUGGCCGCUCAGCAGCAGGCGCUGGUCAUUUUUGCUGAACAUAGGUACUAUGGCAAAUCUCUGCCAUUUGGCAACGACUCCUUCAAGAUCCCUCAGGUGAGCCUCCUCACCGUGGAGCAGGCCCUCGCUGACUAUGCCCUGAUGAUCACCGAGCUGAAACAGCAGCUGGAGGCCUCAGACUGUCCUGUGAUUGUGUUUGGUGGCAGCUAUGGAGGGAUGCUGUCCGUCUACAUGAGGCUGAAGUAUCCCAAUGUUGUGGCUGGCGCUCUGGCAGCCAGUGCCCCCAUCCUGUCCACCGCUGGUCUGGGAGACUCCAGGCAGUUCUUCAGAGACGUUACAGCUGACUUUGAGAAGGUCAGCCCUGAUUGUCGAGAUGCUGUGAGAGGAGCUUUCCAGCAGCUGAAGCAGCUAGCUGAACGCAAAGAUUACAAUCACAUCCAGUCAGAGUUUUCUCUCUGUAAGCCUCCGUCUUCUCCUGGAGACAUCCAUCAGCUCUAUGGGCUGCUGAGGAACGCCUUCACCAUGAUGGCCAUGCUGGAUUAUCCUUACAGCACUCACUUCAUGGGAAACAUGCCUGCCAACCCCGUCAAGGUGGCCUGUGGAACCAUGCUGAGGGGAUCAGACCUGCUGGCUAACCUCAGAGAUACUGCAGGGAUCCUCUACAACUCAACCGGGGACCUGACCUGUUUCGACCUGUACAGUCUGUAUGUGGAGUGUGCCGACCCCACUGGAUGUGGACUGGGCUUCAACAGCAUGGCCUGGGACUACCAGGCCUGCACUGAAGUGGAGCUGUGCUACGAGAGCAACAACGUGACGGACAUGUUUCCUCCGAUGACCUUCACUCAGAAAGACCGGGAGCUCUACUGCUCCAAGCGCUGGCCCGUAGUUCCAAGACCCGGCUGGCUCAAAGUCCAAUUCUGGGGUGACGCUCUCUCCACAGCGAGCAACAUCAUCUUCUCCAAUGGGGACCUGGACCCGUGGGCCAACGGGGGGGUGAGGAAGAGCCUGAGUCCGUCGCUGGUGGCGCUGAACAUUUCCGGAGGGGCUCAUCACCUGGACCUGAGGGGAUCCAAUGAGGCGGAUCCAGCAUCAGUCAUCAGCGCCAGGAAGACGGAAGCAGAGCUCAUUGCUCAGUGGGUGAAGACUGAGAGGACCAGAUUACGCAGCAGAAGGGUUUCAUCUGACAUGUCCCAACAGUUUAUCGCAUUGAAAGAAAAUCACGUUUAAAGCAUCCCGCUGUAUAUAAUCUAUCACUUUAAUGAGGAGUUUUAGCUCCUUCAGUCCACGGAUCAUCGCAGCAUCGACCCUCUGCAGCAUCAAGAAGCAUCAGAGCACCUUUAUUAGAACUCUGUGGAGAUCAUCCACUAAAAUGUUUGUUAAAAAUACAGAAUUUCUGCUGAUUAAAAAGGCUGAGAAAGAAA